AUGGCUGAUCUUCUCACCAAGCAGAACGUCCUGCAGCGUUCAAUCGAACGCUCGAUAGAGAAUUUCAAGAAGGUGGGGAAGGCGAACCUCACGCCUGCGAAAAUCCGGACCAAGAUCGCCUCCUUCAAAGCCAACUGGAUCCAGUUCCAGGACGGACACGUGUCGCUUCUGAGAGCUGUGGCUGAGACCUCGCGAGCGUCGAUGGACUACUUUACCGAGAACCGUUUCGAGGUCGUCGAAGAAAUCUACCAGACAACCUGGGAACACAUGGCCGAGUGUCUUGAGGAGCUGGAGCCUAUCGUGAGCCCGAACCAGUCUCUAAAUAAUAGCCACGCGGCAUCGGACUCGUCCAAUCUCGCGCUCACUCAUAUGCCGCCGAUCCGUUUGCCGCCGUUCGACGGUGACUAUUCUCAAUGGGAGAGCUUUCGCGAUCGAUUCACCGCUCUCGUGAUCGACAAUAACGCAUUAAGUCAAUUCGCUCGUAUGCAUUAUCUGGCGUCCUCCUUGAAGGGUCGAGCCCUCGAUUGCUUAGGGGGUAUCGCGAUAACCGCCGAUAAUUUCCCCGUUGCGUGGGGCGCGCUAAAGUCGCGAUUUGAAAAUAAGCGGCGUCUCCUCUCAUCUCAUUUCUCGUCGUUGUUCGGACUGUCGGCGCUCACUAAAGAGUCCGCUUUAGAGUUGCAGGCUUUGUGCGACAAAAUUAACAUUGCGGUCGCUUCCUUGACAAAUCUGGCUCGUUCUCCGAGCGACUUGUGGAACGACUUUCUGGUUCACCUGCUGACUCAGAAAUUGGAUCCCGCCUCUCGGAAGGCGUGGAAUCUCAAAUUUGGUGACACCGACACUCCGCCGACUUUUGAGGAGUUAAACCGAUUUCUUUCGAAUC